AUGGCCAAUCUCGACUAUCCCCUCUUUCCAAUUUUCGCUUUCUUUGGCUUCGUCCUUCCUUUGAUUCCCCUCCCUUGGCAUUUUCAGGCAUGGAACUCGGGGACGUGCUUUUACAUUUUUUGGGCAUCUAUAUCGUGCCUCAAUCAAUUCGUGAACUCUUUGAUAUGGAAGGGCAACGUGAUAAACUCUGCACCUGUGUGGUGUGAGAUAUCAAUACGCAUUACGAUGGCUACAACUGUAGCCCUUCCGGCAGCGUCGUUCUGUAUCGUCAGACGGUUGUAUAGUAUAGCUGCUAUUCGAAGUGCUUCGAUUACCUACGCAGAGAAACGUCGAGCUGUCGUUAUCGACGGCUUUUUCUGUGGUUUAUGGCCCCUGGUAUAUGUAGCAUUGCAGUAUAUCGUUCAAGGACAUCGCUUCAACAUUUACGAAGACAUUGGCUGCAUGCCCGCAUUAUAUAACACCAUACCAACGUACUUCAUCACCUUUUCGUGGACAAUUCUUCUCGGUAUUGCCUCUGCUGUCUAUUUCCUUUCAUUACGUGCCUUCGCCAUGCGACGACUGGAAUUCGCACAGUUCAUGUCAAGCAACAAAACCCUCUCCUUUGGCCGAUAUUUCAGACUGAUGGCUCUUGCUAUGACGGAAAUGAUCUGCACUCUUCCCCUUACUAUUCUACUCAUCUGGCUCAGCGCUACGCAAUCUCCGGUUCAGCCCUGGAUCAGCCUCGCCAAUACGCAUAUCGACUUCUCCCGAGUGGCCCAAUACCCUUCCGUUCUCUACGACGCUGACCCACUAUUUGUUAUGGGAAUACUAUUUACUCGUUGGGCUUCCGUCGCUUGCGCGCUCAUCUUCUUUGCGUUCUUUGGUUUUGCAGAAGAGGCCCGGCGACAUUAUGUUCUGUGGUACCGUGCACUUCUUCGUUUUGCAGGCAUUAAAUCUUCCGAUGUACAAACGUGA